AUGCUUUCUCGCUUCCUCAAUCAUCCGCCAUUCAAACCCUGGAACUGGAAAUUUCGAUUCUUUGAAAACCCAGAUGCCAUUUUGGUGGGAUUAUCUUUGUUUUCCUCUAGUUCAUCGCCAGAGUCACCUCUGGUUCGGUCCGAGCCUCCAACAGUUCAUGAUCAACAACAGAUAUUCACGUUGAACAAGACUAUAGCCAGCUGUGUGCGUUCAGGAGACAUAGAUGGAGCUCUCAGAGUAUUUCACGGGAUGAGAGCUAAGAACACCGUCACCUGGAAUUCACUGCUCGUCGGAAUUUCCAAAGAUCCAAACAGAACGAGAGAAGCACACCAACUGUUCGACGAAAUCCCUCAACCAGAUACUUUCUCCUACAACAUCAUCUUGUCUUGCUACGUUCGCAACGGCGACUUCGACAAGGCCCGGACCUUCUUCGAUCGGACUCGGGACUCGGCGUCAUGGAACACGAUGAUCACAGGGUACGCGCGGAGAAGGGAAACGGAAAAAGCGCUAUUCCAUGUCGGAGAAGAACGAAAUUUCUUGGAAUGCCAUGAUUUCGGGUUACGUAGAAUGCGGAGAUUUGGAAAUGGCAAGACAGUUCUUCAAAGCUGCUCCGGUUAG